AGAAUCUGAAAAUUGCAUCUUUGUAGUUGAAUCUCUCAGAGGGAUUUGGUCGAGGAUGGCGUCCAAGAGGAUUCUAAAAGAGCUCAAGGAUCUUGUGAAAGAUCCUCAUGUCUUUUGCACUCUUGGUCCAGUUGCUGCCGACGAUUUGUUUCACUGGGAAGCAACAAUUAUUGGUCCACCUGAUAGUCCCUAUGCCGGUGGAAUGUUUCUUGUUACCAUUCCCGGUGCACUGAGCUCCCGCUAUGCGCGGGGUCCGGGGAAGGGCCGGACCACAAGGGUCUAUCGUACGCAGCCUACCCUGCAUUUUUGCAAGAGACUGUUUUCACGGCUCGAACCCGUGACCUCUUGGUCACAUGGCAACAACUUUACUGGUUACACCAUGGCUCCCCUUCACAUGCUCAUAGGCUCCUAAUUGUUUAAAUUGUGCAAAGGAUUCUUUUCACAGAUCAAAGAAGCUAUCGUUUUUGUUUUCUUGGCUUGUAAUUUUGCAGUAUCAUUGAGUUAACAAGUAUAUUUGUUCAUGCUAAUCUUCUAAUGAAUAUACAGAUAUUUAAGCUCAUUUGCUAGGGAGAGAACUGCUUACAAUUGAUAUGAAUAGUUGUCUGGCUUAGUACAUUGGUCUAGAAGAAGUCCAAUUUAUAUGUUAGAUUCAGUUGGAUAAGUACAUUGGUAUAGAAGAAGUUCAACAAAUGUACCAAUCAAUCGACAACUAUGCCUCAACUCCAAACUAGUCGGGCGCAAUGGCGGAGCCACAUGCGCCCAAGGGAGAAAAUAUGUUUAUAUACAAUAUAAUGACACCCCUUAAUGAAAAUCCUGACUCCGCCACUGGUCGGGCGUUCAAUGUGAAAUUUUUUAUUAUGGGAGUUGGGUGUCCCCUGAAGAAUGAUUUCUGUAAUGUCUUUGCAUUUUCUUGUUUUUAAAAAAAAAAAAAAAAAUACUCUUUUCCCUGGACAAAUUUAUAUGACAAUACGA